GUCCAUAUGAAAACCCUCAUUCAUCUCCCAUUUUGAAGCCCUAGCCGAAGCCCUCUCCUCCACUUUCUCUGCAUCUUCAGCCAACGCAAAGAUGCAGAUCUUCGUCAAAACCCUAACGGGGAAGACCAUAACCCUCGAGGUCGAAUCCUCUGACACCAUCGACAAUGUCAAAGCCAAGAUCCAAGACAAGGAAGGAAUCCCGCCGGACCAGCAACGUCUCAUCUUCGCCGGCAAGCAGCUCGAAGACGGCCGCACCUUAGCCGACUACAACAUCCAGAAGGAAUCCACACUUCACCUCGUUCUCCGUCUCAGGGGUGGCGCCAAGAAGAGGAAGAAGAAGACCUACACCAAGCCCAAGAAAAUCAAGCACAAGAAGAAGAAGGUCAAGCUCGCGGUCCUCCAGUUUUACAAGGUGGAUGAAUCCGGUAAGGUUCAGAGGUUGAGGAAAGAGUGCCCUAAUGCGGAGUGUGGGGCCGGAACUUUCAUGGCUAACCAUUUUGAUAGGCACUAUUGCGGUAAGUGUGGGCUCACUUACGUUUACCAGAAGGCCGGUGGGGAUUGAGUAGGGUUCGACUUCUGUUCGGCUCGUGAUAAAAAUGGAUCUAUAGUUUUUCAGUAUGAGUUUUAGGAUUUUUAUUUUCAAUAAUCGUUAGACUUUUUAUUUUUGUGUUAUGUUUUAUUAUGUUACAAUACUUUCGAUAUGUUUUUGGAGUUUUUGAUCAUUAAUUUAGCUGUUUGAAUCCAAGUAUGCGGUUUUCUACUUA